GGCGGUGCCGUUACCGGGGGCCGCGCUCCGUUCCGUCGCCCCACGGGGCCGCCCGGCUCGGCCGCCCGCCGAGCCGCCCGCUGCCAUGCCGGUGAUGGUGACCUUGGCCGGGCCAGCCCCUUGGGGCUUCCGCAUCACCGGGGGAAGAGACUUUGGGAAGCCCAUCACCGUCUCCAAGGUGACGGAGCAAGGGAAAGCGGCCGCGGGCGACCUCCGGCCGGGGGACGUCAUCGUCGCCAUCAACGGGGAGAGCGCGGCCGAGAUGCUCAACGUGGAGGCGCAGAAUAAGAUCAAGCAGAGCCCUGGGCAGCUCCGGCUGCAGGUGGAGAGGUCCCCGAUGCCACCUCCCAGCCACGCCAACGGGGACACCUCACCGGAGAGGCUGGCCACACGUUUCCAGGACACACUGCGGAUGCAGGAAGAGAGCCAGGACGCCCUGAGAGCCUCCUACUCCAGCCCGGCAUCCCUCAGCCCCCUGCCCGGCACUGGCAGCUCACAGCCCCUGGAGAAGGAGUUUGCCUGUCCCGGCCUCCGCCAGGAGCGAGGAAGCCUGAGUCGCCAGAACAGCUCCCCGGGCUCAAUCCUGCCUCCACCCCCCCCGCCCCCCUCACCGGGGCUCGGGACCCCCCCAAACCCCUGGGAGACGCGCAGAGAGCGGCGUCGCUCUUCGUCCUCUCCCAGCCCCUGCAACAGCCUGGGCUUGGAACCGGCCAUGAGGCGCUUGGAGGAGGAUUCGGAGGUCUACAAGAUGCUGCAGGAGAACCGGGAGCUGCGGGCGGCCCCACGGCAGUCCAGUACUUUCCGCCUGCUGCAGGAGGCUUUGGAAGACGAGGGCGGAGCUGGCCCCGCAGCCCCUUUCCCCAGCCGGCUCUCGCCCAGCGCCCGCAAGCCCGUGGCCGGCGUCCAGAAGCUGCACGUCUGCGAGAAGUGCGGCAGCACCAUCGCGACGCAAGCGGUGCGGAUCCAGGAUGGCCGCUACCGGCACCCGUCGUGCUACGCCUGCGCCGACUGCGGCCUCAACCUGAAGAUGCGGGGUCACUUUUGGGUGGGUGACGAGCUCUACUGCGAGAAGCACGCCCGCCUGCGCUACCAGGGCACCCUGGGGGGGCCCGCCAACCCCCCCGUGUCCCCCCACUCCUGAGCCCCAGGCACCGGCACGGUGCGAUGGGGAGCUCGCCGCCUGCAUCCCCUCCACAUCCCGGGGAGCAGCGCGCACCCCACUCCCCCCGGGACGCCCCGCCAGCCCCACUGCUUUGGUAGAGUUGGGGUCUGCGGUGGUGCUGGGGGGGGGUGUUGACUUGGGGCUGAGGGCAUCACCAGGUUGUGGAUGGCCGAGGGGGGGGGUAUGCGCUGCAGCUGCCCGCCUUUGCCCUUGCUGUGUCCAUGUGUGUGAUGAGCUGGGUUGGUUCUCAGCCUGGGCUGCAGCAGCUGUAUGCACCGGGGGACACAGCGGGGACAUGGCGGGGGGGGCACAGGGACGCUUGAGCACUUAGGUACCGGAGAGGGGGCUGGCACCGCUUUGUACACUGACUGCAAAGGGAGAUAUUAAACCAGAUCUCUAUAUAAA